AUUCUGCCGACGGAGUUAUCAUAUGAUAGUUGAUUAAUUCUACGCAUAUUUGUUUAUUUGGGUAAAGGCACGUUUUUUCGGGAAUAAAACCGUAGUGGAGGUAAACUAAAUAAUCAAUUAAAUGUUCCACUCUCGAAACAGGUGCACUAUAUUGAUUACCGCUUCUUUAAUUAACAUUCAAAGGCCUUUUUAAGGUUACGGGCGAAGUAGUUAAUAACAAAUUUAGUAGAGUGAUUCGGAGGUUUUCGUCUGCAGCAAAACUCCAACAUGGACGCACCAAAAACAUCAGACGUCGUUUUGGUGACGGGAAAUUCUCACCCGGAAUUGGGGAAUAUGAUUGCCAGAAGACUGGGUGUCAAGUCUGGAGGAUGCGCUGUCUAUCACAAAGCGAAUCGCGAGACCAUGGUGAAAAUUGGCGACUCCAUCAGAGGGAAAGACAUCUACAUCAUUCAGACAGGCACAAAGGAUGUAAACAACAACAUAAUGGAGCUCCUUAUUAUGGCUUAUGCCUGCAAAACAUCUUCAGCUAAAAGCAUUGUAGGGGUUAUUCCUUACUUGCCUUACUCUAAGCAGUGUAAAAUGCGUAAAAGGGGAAGCAUAGUUACAAAGUUGGUUGCUCAGAUGAUGUGCAAAUCUGGUUUGACCCAUAUUAUUACCAUGGAUUUGCACCAAAAAGAGAUACAGGGCUUUUUUGACUGCCCUGUAGAUAAUUUGAGGGCCAGCCCCUUUCUGCUUCAGUACAUUCAAGAAAGUAUUCCGGAUUACCGGAACUCGGUUAUCGUCGCGCGCAACCCGGGCAGCGCCAAAAAAGCGACAUCUUACGCCGAAAGGUUGCGUUUGGGGAUAGCGGUCAUCCACGGGGAGCAAAAAGAAUCCGAAUCGGAUGAGGUGGACGGGAGGUGCUCCCCUCCACUGGUCCCCCGUUCCAGAACUAUGGACGCUGGAGUGGGGGUUCCGGUGCACAUCGCUAAAGAGAAACCCCCCAUAAAUGUGGUGGGGGACGUUGGAGGUCGCAUCGCCAUAAUGGUGGACGAUCUAAUUGACGACGUAGCUUCGUUCGUAGCUGCAGCUGAGGUUUUGAAGGAACGCGGGGCGUACAAAAUUUACGUGUUGGCCACGCAUGGUUUGUUGUCUUCGGAUGCCCCCAGAUUGAUCGAGGAUUCUCCCAUUGACGAGGUGGUCGUGACAAACACGAUUCCGCACGAGCUGCAAAAAAUGCAGUGUCACAAAAUAAAAACGGUCGAUAUCUCGAUUUUGUUGGCCGAGGCCAUACGCAGGAUCCACAACAAGGAGUCCAUGUCAUAUUUGUUUAAAAAUGUAACUUUGGAGGACUAAAAUAUUUAUAGAAUCCCACCAAUUAAAAUAAUCAUGCAUCUAUUGUUAUAAGCACUUUUUUUGUUUUUCCGUUUUUAGGAAACAGUGAUUCAGUUUUACCAACCUUAAUAAAUUAAUAUCUACACACUGUAUUAAAUAAGUAUUUUUGUAUUAUUUUGCGAUUUUGUUUCCGUAUUAUUUUGCUUUGUUGAUUUCCAAUAUUUUUGGCUUGUUAUUGGUAGAUUAAGUAUUAAACAAUAAAAAUGUAUAUAAGUUUUGAUUAAGGUGUUUUUAUUACCUUCAUCAAAAAUAAAAGUCAAAAAUACUUAAUAUAAAAACAAUUUAUUAACACAUAAAACUAUGAACCAUAUUUUUUAGCUUUCAACUGUUUGUAAGCCUCAAUAAUUUCUUUCUGUUGUUUAUCCAGCUGUCUUCUCAAAGCAUUUGGAAGAUCUUUUCUUUUCCCCUUUUUGUCAAUGGUUUUGUUUUUUAUUUCCUUCAACUUUUUCAAACUAUUUUUUACAACUUUCUCACUUUUUUGCUCUUUAAUGGUAUUAUUAUUAUUAUUCUUUGGCUCCAGCAUGGAUUUCAGCAGCAAUUGUUUGCUACCCGGCUAAAAAAAAUGUUUACAAAAACCUGAUGUUCAAAAAUAAUAAAAACUUACUCUGGGUGCACUUUCAAGUUUUGUCACCCUCCUGGGGGCAGAUAAGGUCGGUGGUGCGUGAACAAUUUCACCAAAUUUAACCUCAUCCUUAAAAUCAUUGAAGUCCAUGGGUUUUUCAGCUUUCUUAUUCUUUUUUUCGUUCUUCUUUAGCUGCCAUUUCUGCGAUUUACUCAAUUUCGGACCCUCAUCCUUCUUUUUCUUUUUCUUCUUUUUGUUUUGUUUAUCCUUGCUCUCUUUUUUGGCUUUGUUUAUCAAAACUUGUAGUUCAUCUUUUGGCCUUUUUUUGACUUCUUCCACCUAAGAUAAAUUGUAAGUUAUUUUAACAACGUUAAAUAUUGACGUACUUGUCCCGUCUCGGCGUUCCUUUUAAUGUCAACACCGUAUUUCUCCUCAAAAGCAGCUUCUCGUUGUACACUUUGACAAAUACGAUUAACUCUAAGCAAGAAGUGCCUGUCAUUCUCGCCAGGGCGUUGCUUGAACUCUGGUAUAGGCUUCUCCUCCACGAUAUUUACCGCCUUCUUACUAUCUCCCUUAUUUUUCACUGGUUUAACAACUUUCUUAACCUCAACAACUUUCUUCACGUUUUUUUUGCUCUUACCAUAGUAAUACCCACUUUUAACCUUAUCCUUCAACUCCAUGAUCCUCGACAAACUCUUCGGUAUAUCCUGUGCAUCGGGAUGCGACGGCGGGG